AAGGACACACAACCCUCCGGGAUUUUGGGUGAAAGACAGCCACAGAGCUUGUCGUUUUCUCCGAAACGUCUCCAACAUGAGUCCAACACACGUGUGCCUGGUUUUAUAGCCAUUAAAAAGCUGACAAAUGCCAACCACAUUACACUAUAUUUGGGUUGCGAUGUAUGUACAUCCUAUUCUUCUUUACACAUUGAUGGGCACCCCCUAACUUCUGCGUUCAAUCAACGUAUAACACCAACAUAUCCAAAUCCUAUAUCCACCAUAACCACCACAAGUGAUAGCCCUACCAACAAUCGUUGCAAACACAGUCAGUCGCAACAGCAGCUCUAA